GGAGAGAGAGAGAGAGCUGCGAAGGUGACAGGCUCUGGUGGCCACAAUUUUGAUCAGAUUCUCUUCGUUUCUUUUCACCAUCCAGCUCAGGCAGCCAUCCUCUUCUUUCUGCAGCACCUGCCAGCCCAGCAACUGCUCUGCAGCCAUGGCCCUGGGCCUCCUGCAGCUGUGCCUCAUGCUGCUAUGGGCUCUGAAGACCCAAGCUCAGAAUUCCACCACUCCAGGGGUCUUGAGACCAUCAUCAGACAAAUUCAUCAAGAAGCUAAACUUUGAGGCUAAUAAGUUCCAGGGAGAGUGGAAAGCCAUAGGAUGGGUACAGAACAGAUUUAUGAAUGCAAGCAUAAGCGACACAUUCAUGUUGAGCAUGAUUUUUAAGCUGAAGGAGGACCACAGCUACAAUGUCACCUCCAUCGGGCACAGUGACCAUGGCUGUACUCCUCGGACUGACACUUUCGUUCCAAGUGGCUUGCCCAACCAGUAUAUCUUGAAAGACGCUCAACGUUACCAGGGAUUACAGAACCUCACCAUGAAAGUCAUAGACACCAACUACAAUGAGUAUGCUGUGGUAUUCUACAAGGCAAUUGUGAACAAUCAAGAGUAUAUGGAGUGUGUCCUCUAUGCGAGGUUCAUGGAGAUGGACCUUUAUCAUCUGCUGGUGUACUUUCUUUAUGUGACCCUGAAAAUGGAAUUCCCUCAUCAGGAAAUCCACUACACCGUGCAAAAAACUGGAUGCCAUUGACUACACUGACAGAACACACAGUGCCUACUGUCUCUACUUACUGUGCUUCUCCUGUCAACUCAGCCCUGGGUGCCAUCCGGUUGAAUCACUGUCCACAAUGUCAGUGAGAGAGCUGGAAGACACUUUUUACUGCCCAUCCAUCUCCCCAAAUGCCACCCUGCCAGUGAAGCUGAACUUUUCUUCUAAAUAAACGCUUGGCACUGAGACGCGAA